AUGGCCAAGAACCCACCUCGUCAUGCCAAGAUCAAGGCCACCUCGUCAUGCCAAGAUCAAGGCCACCUCGUCAUGCCAAGCUCAGGGCCAGGUCGACAAGGAGCCGACCUCUACCUCGUCAUACCAAGCUCAUUGUCAGGUUGGCCAAGAACCCACCUCGUCAUGCUAAGAUCAUGGCCAGGUCGGCAAGGAGCAAACCUCUACCUCAACAUGCCAAGCUCAUGGUCAGGUUGGAGAAGAACCCAUCUCGCCAUGCCACGAUCAUGA